UACGAUUCGAAUUCCAAGUUCCAAACUAUCCCUGAUAUUUGUUCUGUAGCCGCUAGGGUUUUGGAAAACCCUAGGGCUCUUUUCUUUUUUAGGGUUUCACCGUGCAAUCCAACGAAGCCAUGUCAUCCAUGGAGAUCGAAAGGGUUUCUUCAGAGCUCAAAUCCGGACCUGUUCUUCCUCCAUCAAAGCCCAAGUUCGAGCCUCUCAAAGCCCAUGAGAUGUCCGACGGCCGAGUUCAGUUCCGGAAAGUCUCCGUCCCUCCGCACCGUUACACGCCCCUGAAGAAAGCAUGGAUGGAAAUCUACACGCCCAUAUACGAACAGAUGAAUAUCGACAUCCGUAUGAAUCUCAAGGCCCGGAAAGUGGAAUUGAAGACAAGACCAGAUACUCCAGAUGUCAGUAACCUACAGAAGUGUGCGGAUUUUGUCCAUGCCUUCAUGCUUGGAUUUGAUGUCAUCGAUGCAGUUGCGCUUUUGCGUCUGGAUGAUCUCUAUGUGGAUUCUUUUGAGAUCAAGGAUGUCAAGACGCUUCGAGGUGAGCACCUCUCUCGUGCAAUCGGGCGGCUAUCGGGCAAAGGCGGUAAGACAAAGUUUGCAAUCGAGAAUUCCACGAGGACACGAAUUGUGAUCGCGGAAACAAAGAUUCACAUACUAGGAUCCUUCUUGAACAUAAAGGUCGCAAGAGAUUCUCUUUGUAGUCUCAUAUUAGGAUCACCAGCAGGUAAAGUCUAUUCCAAACUUCGGGCGGUUACUGCUAGAUUGGCAGAGAAGUUUUGAUUUUGCAUUUUUCUUUCAUCCAUAUUUGGCAUCUGGUUAGUCCAAUUGGGUCAUUUGCGUUAUUGCUUAUGCAAGUUACAAUUUCUUGGCGUGAGAUUAGAGGGCAGGUUUUUCUUUUCUUUCUUUCUUUCUUUCAUCCGGUUCAAUGUUCCAAAUGAGAAUUUUGAUAUAUUGUUUUGAUAUCUUAAAGAAGUGAUGGGAUGAUAUGAGGGCGUA